UGCCUUUCUGAAGAUGUCACGGGCGGCGAGCGCAGCGGCCAUUACACAGCGCAUUUAUGAAGAAGGUCGGAAGCGCGACGAGUCAACGGAAAAUUCAUCAACGACAGACUGCGGAUACCUUCUAAAGACAUCUACCAGUAACCACCAAAUCUAGAAUAAAAAAAUCACGCGAUUUCGUGUUUUAAGAGCUGUUAUCCGAGGUUAACAGCGGUGUUUGGCUGUGUUUUGCGUCGGCCCGGCGCAGCGCGUCAGUGUGUCAGCGCGUUUGCUGCUCGUUUAAUUAACGAAGAAUCUGUGAGGAUUACCGUUAACGCGGGAUCGUGCCGGUUAUGGAUGAAAAAGCGUUCACGAAAGAUUUAGACCAAUGGAUAGAACAGCUGAAUGAGUGCAAACAGCUGACCGAGAACCAAGUGAGAACACUCUGCGAGAAGGCUAAAGAGAUUCUCACUAAAGAGUCAAAUGUGCAAGAGGUGCGCUGCCCGGUCACAGUGUGUGGAGAUGUUCACGGCCAGUUUCAUGACCUAAUGGAGCUCUUCAAAAUUGGAGGGAAGUCACCUGACACUAACUACCUGUUUAUGGGCGACUAUGUAGACAGAGGAUAUUAUUCUGUGGAAACAGUCUCACUUCUUGUUGCACUAAAGGUUCGCUAUCCAGAACGCAUCACGAUAUUGCGGGGAAACCAUGAGAGCAGACAGAUCACACAGGUGUACGGUUUCUAUGAUGAGUGCUUGAGGAAAUAUGGCAACGCAAACGUCUGGAAAUAUUUCACAGACCUCUUUGACUACCUACCCCUCACAGCUCUGGUGGAUGGACAGAUCUUCUGUCUGCACGGUGGCCUCUCUCCAUCUAUAGAUACGCUGGAUCACAUUCGUGCACUGGAUCGUCUGCAGGAGGUGCCACAUGAGGGACCCAUGUGUGAUCUGCUGUGGUCAGACCCUGAUGAUCGCGGUGGCUGGGGAAUCUCUCCUCGUGGAGCUGGUUACACGUUUGGACAGGACAUUUCUGAGACCUUCAACCAUGCUAAUGGCCUCACGCUGGUGUCCCGCGCUCAUCAGCUGGUCAUGGAGGGAUACAACUGGUGUCAUGAUAGGAACGUUGUCACUAUCUUCAGUGCGCCAAACUACUGCUAUCGUUGUGGCAACCAGGCAGCCAUUAUGGAACUGGACGAUACUCUUAAAUAUUCGUUCCUUCAGUUUGAUCCAGCUCCUCGACGUGGAGAACCUCACGUCACCCGCCGCACCCCCGACUACUUCCUAUAAGCGAGCACUGGCCUGCCAUGAAAGAGCUCUGAAGCAAGCAGAAAAUUAUGACAAAUCCAAACGUCUAUACAUCUGUUCAUCCAUUAUAUAUAAAAUGGGACACAACAACACUAACAUGGACCAAAAUGUGCCAUUCAAGCAUUUAAUGCCCAAAUCAAAUCGCUCUGUCUCAGUACUGCUACAAGUGUCUCAUUUUAGCCUAUAGUUCAAAUUGCCUGCUGUAUACAACAUGUAUAGAUGUUCCCUUCAUUCUGCAAUUGUAAAUUAUUCUGAAGUAAAAAAAAAAAAAAAAAUUGUGACUAGCUUUCUUUCUCACAGUUUCACUGGAUUAAAAAAAAGUCCUUUAAGUUGGCAAUGCCAGGCAUGUGUAAAAUGGUAACAUUUUCUACAAGUGCACAAGCUGACAUCCUUUCCUGUAUCUUCACAAAAAAAAAAAAAAAAAAAAUCCUAUUGGAAAGGAAUGUUAAAACCGGAGGAUUUGCCUCUUCUGUUUUGGGAGCAUACACACACGUGUAUAUGGACUUUAUCUGAUUGUCCCACUUUGUCCGAUCUUACUAUUUAAUUUUCUUAUGCGUUACCUGUCUUCUGUGUAUUUGUUAAUAAGUGUUUGAAAUAAUAAACUACUUUUAAUCACAAGCUACUCCAAAGCUA